AUGUCCCCUCCCGGGUUGGGUCCCUUCUGGCGAGUCCUGGAACAUAUCAAGGCCGAAUAUGCCCAUGCCAAGGGUAUGGUGGUAGGGCUUGGGUAUAUAGAGGAUGGAGGAAGGACGCCGCCGCCGGGCCAAUGGUGUCUGGAAUAUUGCACGGCCAGGGCGCGAGGAGCAGAGAUGGGGUAUGUGGACGAGAGCUGUCUUUGCGGGUACGAGAAAGACGCGUUGAAGCGGGAGGUCGCCGGACGACGUGUGGGAAAAUCGGCUUUGGGAAAACGUCAGUCGUUCGCUUCGAACGGCUGGGACGAACAGGAUGAAUUCGGCAUGAAGGACGUUGCUUGUGAGUCCUAUUGCGAUCGUGUCUAUUAA